UGUUAUUUUUAAUGUUGGCCCAGUGCCAGCCGGGAAGGAUCAUUGUCACCAACGAAACGGAUGUCGCACGACGUUCGGUUAACGAUUGACAAGAAAAGCGAAAGCCUCGUCGGUUCGGUGGCCAUCAUCGUGUAGUUUCGUGCGAAACUUUCGGCACACAGGCGAAACACGCAGUGCCCUUCUGGUGUGGCCGCGAGCAGCUUUUCUCCUCCCGGUGCUUUGCCAUUUCUGUCCGAAACGCUUUCAAACAAGUGGUACAAAUCAUCGUGGCACACCAUAAACAACGCGUGGCGCGUGGCAGUGCAUGUGACAACGGGCGCAGCAUCCAGUGUUUGGGUCACUCCCGGGCCGGAGAGUUCGAGAGAGCGAAGAAGAACGGGUUCCGGUGAGAGAGCGUCGUCGGCAACCGGUCGCCACAAUGUUGGGAUUCGUCGAGAUACUAGUGUUUCUCUGUGUCGUUGGAUACUUGUUUAAAAACCAAAGAGCGAACGAUAUGGUGGACGUGAUAUCAAAUCGCAUACAGGAGGCGUACGGGUCCUUCCGAAUACCGAAUGUUUUCAGCUCCGCUACGGGCACCGAACGGAAUGGCGUUUUUUCUGCCUUUGCUGCCCCGAAGCGUUACAAGGAUUUGGAACGCGAGCAACGGCAGCUCCACAAGGACAACGAACGAACGCUGCGACAGCAACGGCUGUUUCAUAUAAAGGAUACACCGACACCGAACGUAAAACCGGCACAGCCGAACAUCCCCGGCCUGGCGUGCCCGUCCUGUUCGCCGAUCGAAAGUCGUCCUCAGCGGGACCAGAGUGACCGACGGCGUCAUGCGAUCGACAUUCUGCGCGUGACAACGCAUGCCGGUUCCCACUAUGCCACUGCCCCCGGGACGGGUGCCUUCGAUUGGGGCGUCUGGUGUCCCCAUCUGGCCCAGGCAACGCGUGUCAAGCGGUUCCCUUACCCGCAGCUGGCCGGUACCGUUCUGCCGGACGACCGCGUUCUGGAAGCGCUGGAAUUGACCGCCAAGGAGGCCACGAACGAAAAGCGGGCCCAGUUGGGGCUGGCCGAAGACGACGAAAGCUUCGACGAGGACAGCUACUUCAACGAGAUGCACCACAAACACGAACAGCGAGCGCAAAAGAUUUUGAUCGGAAUGCGGUCCAAGAUCUCCAACAUGGUGCUGCGCAUCACCUCGUGGGUACUGUACAAGCUGCUACCGUGCUUCAUGUCCGGCGUAGCCGCCCACCCGGCCCAGAUUGAGAUGAUAAAGCGGGCCAUCGAGAAGAAUCCGGAUAUACCGCUCAUUUUCUUGCCCCUUCACCGAAGCCAUCUCGAUUACAUUAUGGUCAGUUUCAUUCUGCUGAACAACGAUAUCAAGUGUCCGCUGGUGGCGGGUGGGGACAAUUUGCGGAUACCGGUGUUCGGGAGCAUCCUCCGUUACGACGGAGCGUUCUUCAUCAAGCGCAAGAUUGAUCCGUUGACGGGCAAAAAGGAUCACGUGUACCGGGCGGUUCUGCACACGUACCUGCAGAAAUGUUUAACCGCCGGUCAUAAUGUCGAGUUUUUCAUCGAAGGAGGUCGUACGCGGACCGGGAAGCCGUGUAUGCCUAAGAGCGGAAUUCUGUCCGUGAUCGUAGACGCGUUCAACGACAAAAGCAUUUCGGACGCUCUGAUCGUGCCCGUUUCUAUCAACUAUGAAAAGCUGGUCGAUGGCAAUUUCGUGCGCGAACAGCUCGGACAGAAAAAGAUACCGGAAAGCUUUGCGUCGGCAGCAAAGGCUAUCAUGAAGGUCCUGAAAGCGCGCUACGGGUUGAUGAGGAUCGACUUUAACGAACCGUUUUCACUCAGCGAACUGGUAAAAUCGCUGCGCACCACCGAUACGGCACACAACUACACACCGGAGAUGCGGCGUCUGCAACAUAAACCCUCCACCACGUCGCUUUUCGGUACGGAUGUCGUGCAGGAAGAGCAGGACCAGCGGCAGCUGAUUGACAAUAUUGCGCGCCACGUAGUGUUCGACAGUGCACGCGCCACAUCGGUCAUGACGACGAACGCGCUCGCCUUUCUGCUGCUGAAUCGGUUCCGCGAUGGAGCACCGCUUUCGAUUCUGGUCGAAGCACUGGACGAACUGCGUGCCGUGCUGAGUAGAGUCCGUGAUCUCGGGUUCACCGGGACGUCCGAGGACGUGAUACGCUACGCUGCCGAUCUGCUCGGGCCCGGCCUCGUAACGCGCGAACUGCGCAACGGGCAACCGUUCAUCAAACCGGUCGUCAUGAUACCGAACGUAAUCGAGCUGGCGUACUACUCGAACUGUUUGCUACCUCACUUUGCCCUUGAAUCGAUCGUCGUCACGUGUGCCUGCGUGAUCAAGCGGGACGCGGAGCGCAAGCUGGACGCCGGUGAAACGACGGUUGGGCGUAACACGCUGCUGCAGUUGUGUAUGCAGUUUGCCGACCUCCUCGUGUACGAGUUCAUUCUGUGUAAACCGUGUCAGAAACUGGAAACCGUACUCGACAACUCACUGGAAGGGCUGUGUGGUCAGAACAUUUUGUGUCAACCGAAGCCGGAGCUGACCGAGGAACAGCAACAGGCACAGCGGAUGUGCCGAAACAUGGAUGGGCUGGACGUGGACGACGAGAUGGACGAUUAUUUCGAAGACCAGCAAGUGUUCGAAGAAGACACCGAACGCGUACACUUUCCCCCGGAGAAGCACUGCGAUCGUAUCGUGCUACAGUCGGUGCUCGCUCCGUUUACACAUACCUACGCGGCGGUAGCGGCCACGCUGAACAAACUACUCGUCGUGGAAUCGGAGCCAUCCACUCGCUGUGGAUCCAUGAUGGAGUCGGAGUUUAUCCAAUUGUGCAUUAAAGAAAUCAACGCACGCGUUGAGCAAGGUACCUGCAAGUACGGCGAAAGCAUAUCAACGGACACGGUGCGAAAUUGUCUGAAAGUGUUUGAGAAACGAUCGUACAUCGAGACUACGAACAACAGCGGCGUGAGGCUGGUGUCGCUGUUACCACCCUUCGACUCGGAGGCAGAGGUGCAGAGUAUAGUGCAGCAGGUAGAAUACUUUGUGCCAGUUUAGCCAGUGCCAGGAACCCA